AUGCCCGGCCCCCGCUCAACCUCUCACAUAAAACAAUACACCCCCACGCAAUUCUCCGCCGCCAUAGCCGCCGUCUCCUCAGGUUCCCUGUCGAUUCGAAAAGCCGCCCAAGCGCACUCCAUCCCCUUCUCUACCCUCCAGCGGCACUUCCAGGGCACGCCGCAAGCCAAGCGGUCUUAUGAAACCUCCUCCCGAGAAAUGCAAAAACUGACCCCCGAGCAGGAAGAGAAUAUCGCCAUGUGGGUUCUUGCGCAAGAGAAUUUGGGACUGCCGGUGAAGAUGGAGGAUAUUAGAAGGUUUGCGGAUAGGGUUUUGGAGGUUGGGGUUAGGGAGGCGAAGGAGGGGGGGGACUACUACGAGGGGGGGAGGAAGUGCGAGGAGGAAGUCGCCGCGAGAGAGGCUAGAAGGAAGGAGUUGAAGGAGGGGUUGAGGGUGAAGCAACGGGCUGCUUCUUCUUCUGCUGGUACUUCUGCUGGUACUUCUUCUGGUACGGGUUCUGGUUCUGGUUCGGGCUCUGGUUCGGGUUCUGGUUCUGGUUCUGGUUCUGGAGCUGUUGCUGUUGGCAACACUCCCACGGUCAUCAACACCCCCACGCCGGCUGUUGCCAACGGUGUUGCAAACGGCCAGAACGGCCGCGCUGCUGCCCUCAUGUCUGGUUCAGCGCUGGUGCCAACGAGGUUCGCGCCGCAGACUCCUACACCCUCCACCCAUGCUGCCCCUGCCUCUCAACAGCAACAGCAACAGCAACAGCGACAACAACAAAAGAUUGUCACCCGCCGCCAAUCACCGCGUCAGCGCCAGCUCCAGCAGCUCCAGCUCCAGAAGCAGGUGGAGGAGAACGCUGAUGUUGACCCAGAGUUAAUGGAGCUUGAUCAGGACCAAAAUAAGAGCCAGGACCUAAAUCAAGCCCAAAACCAAGACCAACAAAAUGACACAGUCAUCAUGGAGGACGUCGGAAGUCGGGAUCAAUCAGACGAAGACGAGGACGAGGAAGCGCAAGAACAAGAACAAGAACAAGAACAAAAUGGCGGCGGCGAUGUUCAAAUUAAAAACGAAGCAGCUGGGUACGAAGACGAAGAAGACGAAGAAGAAGAAGAGUAUGAAGACGAGAACGAAGACGAGAACGAUUACGAAGACGAGAGCGAAGACGAUCAAACGCCCGAUCAACAGCUAUUGAUGGAUUCGCAGCGGUAUUCCAGGUUUUAA